CUCUCAUUGUUGUGGCUACAAGAGUUAGCCGGCUAGCUGCCUGUCAAAACACAGUGUAAUUGUAUAUUUACUAAUGGCGCAACCAUUCUGGAGUCUUUACUUUGCAGCAGUUUGUGACCUCACUUAACACAUUAGCAAAAAGAUCGAGUUAAGAGUUGGGAUCUACUGUAGCUCAGCCAUAGGAACAAAUCCAGUGACAAACUCUGAAGAAUCCUUUUGAAAAUCUGGCUUUGCUCUCUCCACUGCAGUCAUGUGUGAUGAGCUGCAUCGUCCUAGCUCUGUGGGAGCACAUGACUGGCUGUCACUCAGGUGCAGUUUGCAUGACAAGAGGAGCAUCUGCCUCGAGUAACAACAUCAUCAGCAAUAGUUUGAUCAUUGCGGAACUGUUUUGAACCCUUAGAUACGGUGAUCCAGGAUCGCGUUUGCAAUCGAAGUAAGAGGAUGGAAGAACCAGCACAAUCUUUCUUUGAGUGGUACUGCACCAGGACGUGGCUUUGUUUCCACCCUCUGAACACGGAGCCUUAAACUCCAUGCGUCACGUGAAGUCAUUUACUCUACAGACACUCCAAAUUGUACCACAAAAGAGAUACUGACAGGCUAGACAUGUUUGCUAAGUUGAAGAAGAAGAUUGCGGAGGAGGCGGCCACAGCGCCUCGGAGUGGUGUCCGUAUACCACGCACCAUCAGCAAGGAAUCCAUCACCUCAGUGGGAGCAGACUCGGGCGAUGACUUUGCAUCUGAUGGCAGCAGCUCCAGGGACGACCUGCCAGCCCAGCUCCUCAGAAGGAACUAUCAAAUCCGGAAGCUGGAGGCCAAGCUAUCAGACUACGCUGAGCAGCUACGAAUUAUGCAGAAGACCAAGGAGAAGCUUGAAUUUGCAUUAGAAAACCAUCAGGAUUCAUCCAUAAAGAAACUUCAGGACCAGAAUGAGUCUCACCAGACCAACAGAGACAAAAUGGCAGAAGGGAUGGCUUUAGCUCUGGAAAAGAAGGAUCAGGAAUGGAUGGAGAAGAUGGCCAGUGUGGAAAAGGAGAAGAUGGCCCUUUCAGCCCAACUAGAAGAAAUGAUGGCGCAAAGCUUAACACUCUUCCAGAAAAGGGAUGAUCUGGAUGAACUGGAGGGCUUUCAGCAGCAGGAACUCGCUAAGGUUAAACACAUGUUGCUGCGGAAGGAGGAGCAGCUGAGCCAGCAGGAGCGAGAGCUCCAAAAGAAAGAGGCAGAAGUUCAGUCAACAAAGCGAGAGCUGUCUGAGGCUCGAGGGAAACUCCAGCAUCUGGAACAGCAGCAUAAAGAGAGCUGCACACUCAAAUCUGAGCUUGAAAUAGAGCGAGAGGAACUGCUGCUGCUUCGAGAGGAGGCCGACAAGAAGAUCAGUGAGCUGGAGGGACAAUGCCAGGAUCUCCAGUCAGUCAUCCAGCAGGUCUCUGAAGACUUCCAGAAGUCACAGAGUAUGGUGUCAGCUUUAGAGAAGUCCCUUCAUGAUUUGCAGACUGACCAGGACGCCCUGAGGCUGCAACAGCAAAAGGCUGCUGUAACGGAGGAGGACAAGGAGCGCUUGUUGUUGGACCUUCAAAAGAAAGUAACCUCACUGGAGAGACGACUACAUGGGAACCUGAGUCAGGAUGAGCAUCUUCAGGAGCUUAUCCAGGAGAAGUCCAGUCUGGAGCAAACUCUGGAAGGGACCAGAGCAGAGCUGCUGGCUGUUCGGACUAACCAUGCUGAUACUGUCAGCUCUCUGGAGGCACAGGUAUCCAGAAUGAGCUGCAGCAUUACUGAGCUGCAGACCCUUCUCCGGCACAAAGAGGACUCCUCAAGGGCCUACAGAGAGAGAACAGACACACAAGUUGCUAACCUGGAGCAGCAGAUCAUAGAGAACAGUGAGCGACUGAAGAGUGCAGAGCACCAGAUCACAGAGAAGCAGCAACACAUGGAUAAACUGGAAGGAGUGUGGAGUGCAGAGAAAGCUUUUCUGGAUCAGCAGGUGUGUUUGUUACAGCAGCAGAGUGAGGAGAAGGUCGGCCGACUGGAAGAAAGCAUCAUCUCUUUAGAGACCGAUAAGCAGACGCUGCAGGACAGGGUGGCUGAUCUGGAGAGGCAGAAGGAUGACAUGAACUCCACACUGAGGCAGCAGAUAGAAGAGCUGGAGCAAUGCAGAUUGGAGCUGAGCAGUCGGCAGACAGUGAGCACAGAAAUCGCCAAAGCUCUGGAAGAAACCAGGCGACAGAAAGAGGAGCUGCAAACACAGGUUGGAGAGCAAGCCACAUCCCUUCAGAUGUCACAGCAGGAAUUGUCCACUGUCACUGAGAAGCUAGAACUAAGAGAGGAAGACAUCAAAACUCUCCAGAACGAGGUGCAGAGUCGACAGGCCUCACAGGUUCAGCUGCAGAAGGAGGUUGAGCGGGUGCAAGCCCAGCUUGAGCAGAUGGAGGUGGACAGAGACUCUCAGCUAAUCAACCUGAGGAAGGAGCUGCUCAGCCAGACACAGCAGCUGGAUAGCUGCCAGGCGCGGAUCUUGUACCUGGAGGUGGAGGUGGAAACCCUGACAGAACAGCUUCACAGUCCGGAAGUGAGCGAGGAGGAUCAAAAUGGCAGCGUGACGGUGGAUGAUCUGGAUCACAUUCAGAAAGUCAACAAAGAGCUGGAGCAGCAGCUCAGUGACAAGAACAAGACCAUCAAGCAACUGCAGCAAAGACUGGCAGAACUGAGGAGGACGCUGCAGAAAGAACUGAAGCUAAAGCCUGAGCCAGAAGCUGAAGGGAAGGAGAAGUUGGUAGAAAGCCGAGCAGAAAAACAUGAGCGGGUUUGUCCAGAGCCAUCCUCAAUGUCAGCCCUGAGCCCCCCGACAUCCAACACCACCGUGACCAACACGUCCGACCUCAACGACUCACGAGAAAUCAACUUUGAGUAUCUCAAACAUGUCGUCCUCAAAUUUAUGUCAUCCAGAGAAGCUGAGGCAUUUCAGCUAAUACGAGCUGUAUCAGUUCUGCUGAACUUCACUCAAGACGAAGAGGACAUGGUGAAGCAAACUCUGGAGUACAAGAUGUCCUGGUUUGGAUCCAAGCCUUCUCCUAAAGGCAUCACCCGACCUUCAAUCUCAGGCGCUUCAACUCCCUGGAGUUGAUGAGCAGCAGAAAGAGCUGCAGUGAAGGAGAUAAAGGAACUUAGGGACCCUCCAGGAGGAAAAGGUCUUUCCUGCUUGGCUUCCACCAUUGAGCAGGAUUCUAGCUUUAAACCUGAAUAGCCUCCCACAGUUUCUUCUGAAAACUGAGUGGGAAGGACUGUUGUUUUCUGCUCUUCGGGGACACAGAAGGGCUCCACAGGUUAUGGGAUAAAGACUUAUUUAUAAUCAGUUGUUGAUUUUAAAAUGACAUUAUUUUCUUGUUAAUGGUUGAGGGCUGAGACGGUGUUUAUACUUAAUGUUAUAGAGUAAAAUGACAGACACAUCAUUCACUCUUGAAUAGAAAGUUUCAUUUUUCUCCCUUUGUAAUCAUCAGAGAGAAAUAACAGACUGACUAGACCACUGUGUCAGGAAAUGCCUCGUUUCCACCCAGAUUCAAACUGCACAAGGCAAAUCUGUUUGUUUUGGAACAAAAAGCAACCUGACUUUACUGUGUCUUCGCUAGACAGCAGGUUCAUGCUUUGAUUUCUGAAGGAGCCUUUAGUCUGUUUCUUGGUUAUCCUUUAUAUCACAGGGGAUGUCCUCAUGAAAAUGUGUAAUUUUCAUUCUGAUGCAAGUUUUGUUUCAGUAGCGAUGAGAAUUUAUGGACACUCAUGUCAAAGGGCCCAAACUGUAUCAAUGUGACUAUGUCUAUAUGUUUCCUCCGAACUGAAGCCAGUAAAUACUAGAUUCAAAAUGACAAAGUUCUGUGAACAAUCAAAAGAAUACAGGCUGGGAUCGUUGUUCAGUAGCACCAUCAAAACCCAGAGUUUAAUUGAGAAAUGACAGUGAUGCCUUUUGAUUGACUGAUGAUCAGCCAUGAUUUACUGGAUCGAGUUUCAAAUCAUCAUAUCAAAAAAUGUGAAAUGUAAUUGCUUUCAUCUCUCUUUAUAAAGACAUUUUCAUUAUUUUGCUUCUCACUGUGUAAUUGAAACCAGCAUUUAAAGAUCUAUGGUCUAAACUGGAGACAUUGACAGGCCACAAAUCAAAAACUGAAAUUUUAGAGUUUUAAAAUAAUCUGAUCAAAUUCAUUUUUAUUUAAUAUAAACAUAUUACCUAGACCAACAUUUUGCUAAGGGUCCCUACAAAAGAAUCAAGAUGUGGCCAAGAUGUGUGAUAGACAGGACAUUUUACAGUUGUAAGAUAAAGUUGCCAGCUGCACUUUAGACAAACUAUGAGACAUAAGUUUUUCUAAAUGACAUCACACAUAGUUUGUAUUUCUGUACCGCAGCUGACGGGCUGAUAUAUCUGUGAUAACCCAGAAGUAGCCAGCUCUAUCUUUUUUAUUAAGAACUGAUGAUUUAUGAUUUAAAGUUGAUAUCAAAAUCUAACUGCAUUGGACUGUUGCUACUAUGACUUGAGCCUCCCAGCAAACCUUGUCUCUCACAUUCUCUUUGUUGGCAGACUGCAAUCUAACUAUGGCUCCAACCUAAACCACCUAUAAGCUAAAAGAUUUGACUAGAACUUGUUGGGGAGCUGUAGUUUGGAGUUAGUGCCUGUGAAGCUCAGUUCAGGGUCUCUCCUCUCUCUCUCGUCUGUACUGGUACCCGAGGAACAACAAUGGCUGCCACAGCUGACACAAUCUGUUCAUGUGACUGUUUUAAAUCCUUUAACACCAAUAUGAAUGAUGUGGACUUCGUUUGACCAUUUAGUUAAUAAUAGCAGUGUGGUAAAAUAUAUGAAUGCAAUGUAUGUGAUGACUGGAAGACAUGCUCUACCUUUACCUGCCUUUGCUAAUGUAAAUGAAAGUACAUUCCACAUGUCUAUAUAUGUAUAGAAAUAUGUACAUAUGGUAUGCAUCGAGAACUUUAUAAAUCAGUGGAUGUAAAUGGUUUGAUGAUUUCAGUUUGUAGUAUUUAUCAACAUAUACCAGAACUCAUACAUCAUUUUUCCCUCCGGUUGUCACUCAAUCCCACUGCCCAUCACUAUCCACUGUCCCCAGUGUGAUUUCAGUCACAACAUGGUAUUUAUUUUUUACAUCAGUGAGAAGCCCAGGGAAUCUGCAUGCCUGCUGAAUCGUUGGAUCCUUAAAGCAGCCUGGCCCCCCUUUACAGUUUUUUUUUUCCAAAUGUCAGGGUAUUCUGCAUUUGUUUUCAUGCUUGUUGUAUACAUAGAAUGUCAAACAAACAGAAAGUCACAGAAAACUGUGUUACCCAUGUGUGUAUUUCACGUGUGGUUUUAUCUGUUGUAAUCAUUCUGUGUCUAAUACUUGGAUGCAGGAGAAGAUCUGUGAAUGCAGAACUGUCUUAAUUGUGUGUUACUAAUGAGAGGUAGCAGACUCAUGUAGUCACCGGGACUCUGCUGGGUAAUAUACUGUCUCCAUGAGAAUCAAAUGAAAUAAUCAAUGCACUUUUUACCCGAUUGAUUCUGCUGACUUAAAACCCUGAAACACAAUUCUACAAUCACUACAGCUGUUGUGUCUUUUGCUUUUGAUGGCUUAAUAAUUGCUGCUGGGUUCUCAUUUCUCCCAUUUCCUAAUAUUAAAUCUGAAAUGAUAAAAUCA